AUGACUCACUCCGCAACCCACCCACCAACAGGCAUACGCGUCAUAUUAGUAGGCGCCGGUUUCGCCGGUCUCUCUGCAGCCAUAGAAUGCUCCCGUAAAGGCCACACUGUCGUUCUUCUCGACAAAGCCGCAUCUCCAGACGAGAUAACGCAAUUCGGCGAUAUCAUCAGUUUUGAUCCGAACGGAGCGCGGCACUUUGAGCGGUGGCCUGGCGUUAUCGAAGCCAUGAAAAAGGUGGCUAGGAAAACUACUUGGUUGGACUUUUAUCAUUGGAAGGGCGAGUUUGUGACAAGACAGAGCUUUGAGGGGGAGCAGGAAUGGGGGCCGAGGAUCAAUGGGCAUAGAGGGGAGUUGUGGAAUAUUAUCUACGGACAUGCUGUUGAGAGGGGUGUUGAGGUCAGAUGGGGUUCAAGGGUGAGCGACUAUUUCGAGGAUGAGGAGAAAGCGGGUGUGGUUGUCGAUGGAAAAGAGAUCAUUGCAGACGUCGUGGUUGCAGCAGAGGGAGUACGGUCCCGCAGUCGCAAAAUUGUCCUCGGGUUUGAUGAUAAACCAAAGAGUUCAGGAUAUGCGGUGUAUCGAUCGUGGUUCUCAGGUGACGCUAUCAGGAGUAAUCCGACCCUGAAGCACCUCGUUGAUGGAGACAGCCACUCUGGAUUCAUUGGGCCAGAUCUGCAUUUCCUUGUCUCUUCUCUCAAGGAUGGGAAAGAGUUCAAUUGGGUUUUUACGCACGUCGAUGAUGGCAAUAUCGAGGAGAGCUGGCAGUUUCCCGGGAGGAUAGAAGACUGUCUUAAAUACGUCGAGGGAUGGGCGCCUAUUGUUCAAGAGAUAGUCAAGUCGACACCGAAGGACGCUCGUCUCAUCGAUCAUAAACUCGUCUUCCGCGAUCCAUUGCCCACAUUCAUCUCACCAAAGCAGCGCAUUGUUUUGAUUGGUGACGCGGCGCAUCCUUUUCUGCCGACUUCUAUCCAGGGAGCCAGCCAGUCGAUUGAAGAUGGUGUUGUCUUAGCCACCUGUUUAUCGCUAGCCGGAAAACACCAAAUUCCUCUGGCUGUCCGAGCGUUUGAGGAUCUGCGAUAUGAAAGGGUACACAAAGCGCAAGCUACGGGAGUGAAAACAAGGGACCGGUGGCACAAGGCGAAUUGGAACGAGAUUGCAAGAAAGCCGGAAUCGAUUCACCUAGCGCGCGAGGCCUGGUUAUUAAGCUUUGAUGCGGAACAGGACUGCUACGAGAGAUUUGAUCAGGUUGUGAGGCAUUUACGGCAACGGGCGGGCCGGUUGUAA